CAACUUCCCUUCAAGAACUCCCAAAGUGUCACCUUUCUCCAUCCCUCCUCCUCCUCCUCCUCCUUCUCCUUCCUCUUCUCUUCUCUGAGGAAUAAUGUCGAACAUCUUGAGCAUGAGAUCACCUACCCACCACCCGCUCCUCGCUGCGCCCUCCAAUUUGAGGCCUUGCCCCUCCCCGACCUCGCUCAGACGCCGCCGGAGACACUCCCCCACCGUUGCCGCUGUUGCUGUUGAGAAGGAAGCCAAGAACAAGGAGGUCGCUCUCAUGAGAAUAGGCACUAGAGGGAGUCCCCUAGCACUUGCCCAGGCAUAUGAGACUCGGGACAAACUGAUGUCUUUGCAUUCAGAGCUAGCUGAAGAAGGUGCUAUCCAUAUAGAAAUUAUUAAGACAACUGGGGAUAAGAUACUCAAUCAACCAUUAGCUGAUAUUGGUGGUAAAGGUUUAUUCACGAAGGAGAUAGAUGAGGCUCUCUUGGAGGGUAGAAUUGAUAUUGCAGUUCAUUCAAUGAAGGAUGUUCCGACGUAUUUUCCUGAUGGAAUGAUUUUACCAUGCAAUCUUCCCCGGGAGGAUGUGAGAGAUGUUUUUAUAUCUUUAACUGCAAGUUCUCUUGCAGAACUUCCAGCAGGAAGUGUUGUUGGGAGCGCCUCCCUGCGUAGACAGUCUCAAAUACUUUAUAGGUAUCCAUCACUCAAAGUAGUCAACUUCAGGGGCAACGUCCAAACAAGAUUGAGAAAACUCAAUGAAGGAGAGGUGCAAGCUACAUUAUUGGCUUUGGCAGGGCUUAAGCGACUUAAUAUGACUGAGAACGUGACCGCUACUCUCUCAGUUGAAGAAAUGCUUCCAGCUAUUGCUCAAGGAGCUAUUGGAAUAGCUUGUAGAAGCAAUGAUGAUAAGAUGGCUAAUUAUUUAGCUUCAUUGAAUCAUGAAGAAACACGUUUAGCUGUAGCUUGUGAAAGGGCAUUCCUUGAGACUCUGGAUGGGUCUUGCCGAACCCCAAUUGCUGGUUAUGCGUAUCGUGAUAAGGACGGAGACUGUCUCUUCAGAGGUUUGGUGGCUUCCCCAGAUGGUACUCGAGUUCUUGAGACAUCAAGAAAGGGGCCGUUUGUUCUCAACGAUAUGAUUUCAAUGGGAAAAGAUGCUGGAAAAGAACUAAUCUCAAGGGCUGGACCUGGUUUCUUUGAUUGGUGAUUGUAUUUCAGAGUGGCUUGAAAAGUAGGUAGGAGAGCUACCAAGGAAAUGAGCAAGUUCGGCUUUUUCUUUUUUUCCUUUUAAAUUAUGGUCUUACUAGAUGCUGUUUUAGUUCAGAUUCUAAGACUUUCAUUCAAGUUCUGUUGUAAUUCUGUAUCAUUUAGGGAUGAUUUAGUUUGAAUAAAGAGAUUGCUUCUGCUGUUGUGAAGUGCAUUGGGAGGAGAUUUCAUUUCUACAUUGUUAACUGGAUGAUGAAGCUCACAUUAUCAUGCUUUUCUUUGCAUUAAAGUUUGUAAUUUUUUUGUUGAACAAUUCAGAAUUAUUUGGCUA